AUGUCCCCAUCAUCAGGCAAGAACACAUCCCCAUCAUCAGACAAGAACAUGUCCCCAUCAUCAGACAAGAACAUGUCCCCAUCAUCAGGCAAGAACACGUCCCCAUCAUCAGGCAAGAACAUGUCCCCAUCAUCAGGCAAGAACAUGUCCCCAUCAUCAGACAAGAACAUUUCACGAUCAUCAGACAAGAACAUGUCCCUAUCAUCAGGCAAGAACACGUCCCGAACAUCAGACAAGAACAUGUCCCCAUCAUCAGGCAAGAACAUGUCCCCAUCAUCAGGCAAGAACACGUCCCCAUCAUCAGGCAAGAACACGUCCCUAUCAUCAGACAAGAACACGUCCCCAUCAUCAGGCAAGAACACGUCCCCAACAUCAGACAAGAACAUGUCCCCAUCAUCAGACAAGAACAUGUCCCCAUCAUCAGACAAGAACAUGUCCCCAUCAUCAGGCAAGAACACAUCCCCAUCAUCAGACAAGAACAUGUCCCCAUCAUCAGACAAGAACAUGUCCCCAUCAUCAGGCAAGAACAUGUCCCCAUCAUCAGACAAGAACACAUCCCCAUCAUCAGACAAGAACACGUCCCCAUCAUCAGACAAGAACAUGUCCCCAUCAUCAGACAAGAACACAUCCCCAUCAUCAGACAAGAACAUGUCCCCAUCAUCAGACAAGAACAUGUCAUCAGACAAGAACAUGUCCCCAUCAUCAGACGAGAACAUGUCAUCGUCAGACAAGAACAUUAAACGAUCAUCAGACGAGCGCUUCCCUGUCAGAUAG